AUGGAUUAUCAAAGGACCAUGCCAUAUGGAAACACUUCCGAUGAUUUAUAUUACAAAUUUAUUUUUUAUUUUCGGAUUAUUCUUGAGCAAAAAGGAGCCUAUUUCAUGUCAAAAAGCUCGUUAUUACGCAAGAAAAAAAAAACUCGGAAUUUUCAAAAUGCUUUCAAGCAACAGUUUAUUGAGAAUAAUUAA